AUAGUGAUUGCGCUGCUUAUCAGUUUAUACUUGGUGACGUUCCGCCGUCAAGCGCUUGCUUGACUUUUAAAUGUAUUUAUGAUAUUCGGUACGACCGAAGUCGCUCAUUUCACAAACGAUAUCGACGCGGUGUGAACGCAUUGAAGCCAAGUUCGGCGUUAAAAAGUGACCCUCAUCAGAGACUGUUUGCUGGUUUUUUUUUUAUUCGUUUAUUUGGUUAUUUUCUUUAAAUUAUGAUUACAUCAGUUUUUUCUUGGAUUACUGGAUACGUCACGGGUUCAUUAAUAAUGGACGAAGCCAAAGCAGACAUGGGCACCGAGCACAUCUCUGAUGCUUCCGAGUCACUUUUUAGCACGUUUGAUAUUGUCCUCUUGGCCAUCAUCAUUGGUGGCGUCAGCUGGUGGCUGCUCAAAAGGAACAACCGUCCUGUUAGCAGCCUUUCAAAUGGCAAAUCUUACACCAUCCAACCUACAUCUCUCACCAUGCAAAAUCCAACAGAAAACUCUUUCGUGAAGAAGUUACAAUCUUCCGGAAGAAGUUUGGUAGUCUUCUACGGUAGCCAAACCGGUACCGGAGAGGAGUUCGCAGGACGAUUGGCUAAAGAGGGUGUCCGAUAUAGGUUGAAAGGCAUGGUUGCCGAUCCUGAGGAAUGUGAUAUGGAAGAAUUGGUAAACCUCAAAAAUAUUCCCAACUCGCUGGCAGUCUUCUGCAUGGCCACUUACGGUGAAGGAGACCCGACCGAUAACGCCAUGGAAUUCUAUGAAUGGCUACAAAAUGGAGAUGCUGAUUUAACUGGAUUAAAUUACACCGUUUUUGGUCUUGGAAACAAAACAUACGAGCACUACAAUGAAGUGGCAAUCUAUGUGGACAAGAGGCUAGAAGAAUUGGGAGCUACAAGGGUUUACGAAUUAGGCUUGGGAGAUGAUGACGCCAACAUUGAAGAUGAUUUCAUCACGUGGAAAGACAAAUUUUGGCCAGCUGUGUGCGAAUUCUUUGGCAUCGAAUCGACCGGAGAAGACAUUAGCAUGCGUCAGUACAGGCUCGAAGAAUAUGAAGAUGCUCCUGAUAGAGUAUUCACUGGAGAAAUGGCUAGAUUACAUGCAUUGAAAAAUCAAAGACCUCCUUAUGAUGCCAAGAAUCCCUACCUCGCAAAAAUUCUGGUCAAUCGUGAACUCUUCAAAAACAGCGACAGAAAUUGCAUGCACAUCGAGUUCGAUAUUGAAGAUUCUAAAAUGCGAUAUGACUCCGGAGAUCAUUUGGCCGUAUACCCAAUUAAUAACACUGAGCUCAUAGAAAAAAUUGGAAAACUUUGCGAGAAAAACUUGGACACUAUUUUCUCCCUUAUUAAUACUGACGAGGAAUCGAGCAAAAAACAUCCAUUCCCUUGUCCAUCUAGUUACAGAACCGCCCUUACUUACUAUCUGGAUAUCACUCAAAACCCUAGGACUCACGUAUUGAAGGAAUUGGCCGAAUACUGUGCCGACCCAGCUGAAAAAGAAAAAUUAAAAUCAAUGGCUAGUACCAGCCCUGAAGGAAAAGCCCUAUACCAGAAGUGGAUCAUAGAAGAGAACCGCAACAUUGUCCACAUUCUUGAAGAUUUGCCGUCUUGUCGUCCACAACUGGACCAUUUGUGCGAAUUGUUGCCCAGAUUGCAACCCAGAUACUAUUCAAUUUCAUCUUCUCCUAAACUGUAUCCCACAACCGUUCAUGUGACUGCAGUAGUGGUUGAAUAUAAGACUCCCACUGGACGUAUCAACAAAGGUGUUGCAACUACUUGGCUUAAAGAAAAAAUACCCACGCCAGACGGUGCAACAUUUACUGUUCCCAUUUUCAUCCGUAAAUCCCAGUUCAGGCUUCCGACCAAACCCCAGACACCCAUCAUUAUGAUCGGUCCAGGAACUGGAGUAGCACCGUUCAGAGGAUUUGUCCAGGAAAGGAACUUUUCUAAAGAAGAUGGCAAACCGGUUGGACAGACUGUACUCUACUACGGCUGCAGAAGGAAGAAUGAAGAUUUCCUUUAUCAAGAAGAAUUUGAGAAAUACGAAAGCAACGACUUGCUCACUUUGAAAGUAGCAUUUUCUAGAGAUCAACCACAAAAAGUGUAUGUUACGCAUUUGAUUGAAAAAGAUUCGGAUUUGAUAUGGAAUAUUUUUGAGAAUAAUGGACACUUAUACAUUUGUGGUGACGCCAAGUCUAUGGCCGUAGAUGUACGUAACAUCAUCCUUAGAAUCAUCAAAGAAAAGGGCAACAUGACGGAGGAGCAAGCUCAAGCCUACUACAAGAAAAUGGAAACACAAAAACGAGUUUCCAUGGAUGUCUGGAGUUAAUUAAAAGGAAUUGCCUAACCUAAAUUUCGUUGAAGAAAUGUCAAAAUUGUUUUCUGGAUUUUAUCAUCAACACACAGAAACAGUGUUGCGGAAUUACGUCGUGUAUUUAUUUCAGGGUUGGUGCUUAUUGCUAAACCAAAUUUUGGUUAUACCACAAUGAAAAUAUCCUUGAAUUAUUCACAGUUAGAGCCUCAAAAUCACGUUAGGAGCUUAUAAAAUCAAAACGCAUUUACUUAUUUAGUUAAUUUUUUUUAAAUCUAGUUCAGCUGGGCUGUAUUUGUAUAUAAAAAAAGUGAUCUUCCAUAGUUUGGGCCAUUCCUUUUGAUGGCUGCUUUAGGAUUUUAAUUAAAUUUUAGCAAAAAUUGUCUUUGAGCAGCUUCAAAUGAAUAUAAAAUAUUGGUAGACUCGAAAAAAAUAAUAUUUUUAUACUCGCACCAGUAUUAGAUUUUCAACAUUGAGCUACCAUAAUUUUUAUAUUUUUGUACAUUAGACAAAAGUAAUCAUAAGCUGACAAAUGGUGCCUAUUUUUUAUAUUUGUGUACGUACAUAAAAAAAUGUAGGUUUUUUUUUUAUUGUUUUUACCCUAAGAGUAAUUUUAGGAUGGAAUUGAGGGUGAUUUUCUUUUUUCAUAAUAUUGUGCAAUGUUCUCUAUGAAAUUGUUGCGUAGAAAGUAUUUUUCUAUGAGAGGUAAUAUUGCUUUAACUAGUUAAGUGUUAUUAAAUAUUUAUGUUAUUCUAAGGAGUAAAAAUAUAUUGCAAUAUAUUCUUGAACAAAAAA